AUGGGCGCCCUUGUCUCUCGUGCUUCCCGUCCCGCAAGAUACACCCUCGUCUUCCACGCCGAGCCGCAGUUUGUGGACACGGUCAAGCAGGCCGUCUUCGCUGCUGGCGCCGGCCGCUAUCCCAACUACAGCGAAUGCUGCUGGACUGCCACCGGCACCGGCCAAUUCCGGCCCGUCGGCGCCGCCAACCCUCACACCGGCGCGGUUGGCGUCCUGGAAAAGAUUGAAGAGCUCCGAGUCGAGAUGUUGUGUGAUAGCGAGGAGACGGCCAGGAAAGCUGUCGAGGCUCUCAAAAGGCAAGUUCCACUGGUUUACAAUAGCCAGUGGGAGGCACUAACAAUAACCGCUAUCAUGGUCAUUUGCCAGUGGGCAUCAGCUAACAGCAACCCUAACAGAGCACACCCCUACGAGGAGCCAUCGUAUGCCGUCUACAAGUUGGAGGACUUCUGA